AUGGAUACAAAUAACGUGGAGACUGAAAAUAAUAAUCUAAAAGUGUACCUCUGUAUUGCCGUAUUUGACCCAAAACCGGCGUUUGAAAUCCCGUUGUGUCUCUCAUGCGCGCACUGUGGGGAAUUUCCGUUCUGUACUUUAAUUUCCAAUUCCGAGCUUUUCUCCCUUCUUCUUUUUCUUUAUAAUCUUCAAAUGGGUGAACAGCAAAUGACGCCAAGCGAACAGUUUCUAGCGAAAAGAUGGUUUAUUAUUGGCGCUUAUCAAUCAGGAGCAACAGAUAAAGUUAUUAGUAAUAUGGUUGGACUCAGUUCAGCAUCUGUCCAUAAUGUCAUCACUCAGUUCAAGAGAACUGGCUCUCCGGUUCGUAAAAGGUUACACUUGAAUGAAAAAGCUAUUGGAUAUGAUGACCUUGGUCGUAUCAUUGAUAGUGAUAACGAAUUAGGAGUAAAAAUUUCAAUUACGUAAAAUAGUGAGAGGGGUCUGUAGUAACAAUAACCUUGUGAUUUUUUUAGGAAAAUGAAUAUAAUGAAGUCAAAACUAAAAAGACAAGGCCAAAGAGACCUUCUGCCAAAGAUGUGAUAAACUAUGUACUUCAUAAAGCACAACAACAUCAGCAACAUCAACAACAACAUGCAGAAGAAAGAGCCAUCAUGGCAGAAGAAGAGAAGAUAAGCAUAAAACAGGAAGAAGAAGACGAUAAACAAGAGAUGAUGCUAUACCAAAACAAAUGGAGGCCACCUACACCACCUUAUCAUCACACUCAACAAAAAGGACAAUCAUUUGAUAAUAGUAGUACAACGCUCCUUUCACCGCCCUUA